AUGUCGGAUGCCUUCCCAGCAGAUCUCCUACAGCCAAAGCUGCUGCAGCAUACCCUGCAGCAGCAGCCCCCCCGACAGCAGCAGCACACCCUUCAGGAGCUGCCCCCCAACUGCCGCAGCAGCAGCCCCAACAAGAACAGCAGCAGCCCCCCAAACAAGAACAGGAGCAGCAACGCAACUGCAGCAGCAGCAACCCCCACGACACCCCCCCAACUGCAGCAGCAGCAGCCCCCCCAACUGCAGCAGCAGCCCCCCCAACUGCAGCAGCAGCCCCCCCAACUGCAGCAGCUGCAGCCCCCCCAACUGCAGCAGCAGCAGCCCCCCCAACUGCAGCAGCAGCCCCCCCAACUGCAGCAGCAGCCCCGCCAACUGUAGUAGCAGCCCCGCCAACUGCAGCAGCUGCAGCCCCCCCAACUGCAGCAGCAGCCCCCCCAACUGCAGCAGCAGCCCCCCCAACUGCAGCAGCUGCAGCCCCCCCAACUGCAGCAGCAGCCCCCCCAACUGCAGCAGCAGCCCCCCCAACUGCAGCAGCUGCAGCCCCCCCAACUGCAGCAGCAGCAGCCCCCCCAACUGCAGCAGCUGCAGCCCCCCCAACUGCAGCAGCAGCCCCGCCAACUGCAGCAGCUGCAGCCCCCCCAACUGCAGCAGCAGCCCCCCCAACUGCAGCAGCAGCCCCCCCAACUGCAGCAGCAGCCCCCCCAACUGCAGCAGCUGCAGCCCCACCAACUGCAGCAGCAGCCCCCCCAACUGCAGCAGCAGCCCCCCCAACUGCAGCAGCUGCAGCCCCCCCAACUGCAGCAGCUGCAGCCCCCCCAACUGCAGCAGCAGCAGCCCCCCCAACUGCAGCAGCAGCCCCCCCAACUGCAGCAGCUGCAGCCCCCCCAACUGCAGCAGCAGCCCCGCCUGCAGCAGCAGCCCACCCAACUGCAGCAGCAGCCCACCCAACUGCAGCAGCAGCAGCCCACCCAACUGCAGCUGCAGCCCCCCCAACUGCAGCAGCAGCAGCCCCGCCUGCAGCAGCAGCCCCCCCAACUGCAGCAGCAG